AUGAAAGACUACGGCUUCGAUCGCUGCUGUUCUGCUGAGGAGACCGAGGGCCUCAUGUGUGUUUGCAGCUCCCUUUUCGACGCCUGCGGCGUCAGAUCCCAUGUCCUUCACGAAUGGGUGGCCAAAGGCGACAAGAAGCUUGUCGAAGAAAUCAGCUGCUUCAUCACGCUCGAUCCCGAUGAGUUCCCGUCCAGACACGUCACAUUGUUCAACAAUAACUGCAAGAUAUUGACAAUCGACAUGCUGUGA